AUGACCAAAAUUAGUAAACACAAUUUACUUUUGAAAUAUAAAGAUAAGGAUGAUUUUAUUUAUAGCCAACUCUUGAAUAUUCUGGAAUACCCAUUUAAUGAAAUAUUUGAAUAUGCGGAUGGAAAUAUUUAUAUUGGAGAAACUGAAAAUAAAAAAAGACAUGGUUACGGCUUUUAUAUAUAUGAAGAUAUUAAGGCAAUAUAUCAAGGGCAAUGGAAGGAAAAUUCAAAAAAUGGAUACGGAAUUUUAUAUAAUAAAAAUGACGUGAUUUAUUCAGGUGAAUGGUUGAAUAAUAUUUCACAUGGUUUUGGAUGUAGUUAUAAAAAAAAGAAAAUAUAUUUUGGUUGUUAUAAAUAUGGUUUAAUGAAUGGUGUAGGAAUAGUAAAGAAAAAUAAAGGUUUAAAUUUAUGUUUAUUUAAGUCAAAUGCAAAAAAAGUAGGAAUUGAAAUUUCUAAAAAUAUGGAAAUAAAUAUAUGUUUAUAUAAAGAUAAUGAAAUAUAUUUUAAAAAUAAACUAUCUAAAUAUUUCCCUUAUUAUAAAGACAAUAAUAUAUCUCAAAAUAUUCAAACUGAAGUUUUUUAUAAAAUAUUAAACAUAGACAAAUCAGCAAUUGAUAAUGAAAUAGAAUAUAAUGAAAAUUGUAAAAAAAAUAAAAGUACAUCAUUAAUAUGUGAAGAAGAUAUAAAUAACGUAACUAAGAAUACAGACACAAAUUUUAAUUUAAAACAUUUUUUAGGAGUACAAUCAAAAAAAUUCAAAUAUAUAAAAAAAGAUUAUUGUGAUGUAAAUAAAUCAAAUAGCUUUUGCACACCUUAUGAUAAUUACUGUUAUUCUUUACCAAGUCAAAAAAAGUUUAAUAAAAAAAUUAGUAAUUAUUCUAAUCCGGUUUAUGACAACCCUUUGACAAAUAAUAAUAAUAAUAACAGUAUGAAUACUUCUAGCAUUCCAAAACAUAUAUAUAGAUAUUCGGUGCCUAUAAAUAGUUAUAUAAAUCAAAGCGACAAUGAUAUGUUGCCAUUCGAAUUUGACAAAAUUGAUAAACUUGAUAAAAUUGACGAUCAUAUUUACAAGUCGAAUAUGUCUAGCCAAGUAAGAAUGACAUAUGAAAAAAAUAAGAGAGUAAAAAAAAAAAAAAAAAAAAAAAAUUCCCAUUUAAAACGUGUAAAAGCUAAAAUAUUGAAUAACGAGAAUUAUUUAUUUCAUGAAUUAGAUUCAAAUAGUUCAAAUUAUUUUUCUGAAAAUAUGACAAGAAAUAUUAGUAACUAUUCAGAUAGCGAAAAGUUAAAAAAAAAAAAAAAAAUAAUAGUUAAACUGAUAAUAAAAAAAAAAGAGAAUAUGGCUUGUCUUUUGGAUAGUCCAAAUUUGAAUAAUGAUAAAACAAGCAUACCACAAAAAAAAAAUCGUAAUAAAAUAAAAUACACAUUAUUUGUUAAUAAACAUAUUAUGAAAUAUUUUUGUAGAGAUAAUAAACAAAUACUAAAUGAUAAAGUAAGUGAAUUAAAUUAUUAUAACGGUUUAAAAACAGCUAGUAUGCAAAGUAGCGAUAAGUUAGAAGGGGAUUAUUUUAUGUCUCAUGGUAGUGGAACAAAUGAGGGUAUAGCUAAACAAAUUAUGCCCAAAUUGGAAAAAAUAAAAAGAAAAAAAGAAAAAGAAUUAUCAAAGUAUAUAUAUUUAUUAAAUUAUUUAAAAGAAAUUAACAAAAAAAAUAAAAUUGAAUGUAUUUAUCAAUGGAGAAUAGAACAUAUUUCUAUUUUAUUAUAUCUUUUUGAAUUAGAUGAAUAUAUUCCAUCAUUUAUUUCUAACAAUGUCGAAGGAUUUCAUUUUUUUAUUAUGAGUAGAAAAAUAUUAAAUGAAUUAGGAGUAUAUAAAAAUGAACAUAUAUAUUUUUUUAUGAAUUUUAUCAACACAUUUAAUAAUAUACAUAAUAUAUAUUUACAAAUUUUUUUAAAAUGGGAACAACUAAAUAAAAGCUUAUUCUCCUUAAAAUAUAAUCUAAUAAGAAAUAAAGAUUUAACUAUUUUAAAAAAAUUAAAAAAAUCGAAGAACUUAUAUUUGGGCUAUUAUGGAAAUUGUUUUGUAUGCUUACGUACUAUCAAAAGUGUAAAUUUUAUGUCUAAUUUGAAAAUAAAAAAGGAAGAAAAAAAUAUAGAUGAAAUAAAUGAUAGUGAUAUUGUUCGAUCGUAUACUAAGGGGCAUGAUAAAGUUGUGUGCAGUCACGAAAAAAUUGAAAUAGAAAAAAAGGAUGACAUAGACAAAACACAAAAUAAUAAUAACCUACAUAAUCUAAAUAUUCAAGAAAAAGGUAAGCAAAACUCUUUUAUAGGAACAAAUUUAUUUAAUAGUGCCCAAAAUUUGUUAUUUGACGAUAGGCCAAAAGAAAAUAUUUUCCGAGCAUUUGAAAGUAUAAAGAAUAAUAUAUUAAGUUAUAAAAAUAGUAAUAUUAAUAUAUCUGAAAAUAAUACAAAGUUUGAAUUAUUCGAUGAUGGGGGAAAGGGAAUUGAAAAAGAAAAAAAUAUUAACCAAUUAAACGAGUAUAAAAAUGAUUUUUUAGAGAAUGGUCGAGAUAAUAAUAACACAUGUGAAUACUUAAAAAUGAUUUGGGAUUAUAAAAAUAUGGAUAGAUAUAUGAAAAAAAUAAGUAGAAGAAUAUGUUUUAUAAAAGAACAUUUUAUUAUGUCUAAUGUAAGACAUCCAAACAUUGUGGAAUAUAUUGGUAAUAUUAUUACUUGGAAAAAAAAUAAAAAAAAUAAAAAAAUACGAGAACAUUUUGGUUUGGUUUUUGAAUAUAUCAAGGGAAAACGUUUAUAUGAUAUUUUAUAUAAUAAAAAGAAAAAAAGAAAUAAUAAAGAAAAUGAAAAAAAAUAUGUCCAUAAAAAUGAUAGUAAAGACAACAUAUAUAAUGGAUAUAAAAAAUGGAAAUUAAAUAAUAAGGUUAUUUUAAAAGUUUUAUACGAAAUCUGUCUUACUCUACAUUAUUUACAUGAAAAAAAUAUAUAUCAUGGAAAUAUAAACAGUAAAAAUUUAUAUAUAACAAAAAAUGGGAAUGUAAAAAUAUGUAAUUUUAAAAAUGCACACAUUCAAAAUUAUUAUGACUAUAAAGCUAAUAUUCAAAAUCGACCUGAACGUUCAGAAAAAAAAAAUACCAUUUAUUAUAAUUUGAAAGCAAAUAAUUUUAUACCACUUCCAUAUAUUACAUAUAUUAAUUAUACAAAACAAAACAUAAAAUAUAUUGAUGAAAUAACAUCAGCACCAUUCUUUUUAUAUACAAACACAUUUAAUUUAAAACUUAUAAAUAAUCUUAAAAGUAUAUAUACAGCACCAGAGGUUUUGAGAGGUGAAGAAUAUACAAAUAAAAGUGAUAUAUACUCAUUAGGUAUAAUAAUGUAUGAGCUUAUAUUUGAAACAUUACCAUUUAAGAAUAAACAUAAUAAUAAUUUUAAUUUAUUUCUUUCUAUUUUAAUAUCUACAUGUUAUUUUCAAAAUUAUAUUUAUUUUGAUAUGAAUAAAUUUAAAAAUAAUAAUAUAAUGUCUCAUAUUUUUAUAAAUAUUACAAUUCUUAUAAAAUUAUGUCUAAAUCCAGACCCAUCAAAUAGGCCUACCUCAAAAUAUUUAUAUAACUAUUUUAAGAAUAUCCUUGAUAUUUUAAAAAUUAUGAAAAAAAAUAAUCAGGAAAUUCUCUAA